CAGGGAUUCCACUUCCGGCCACCACAGUGAACGGACGUGUAAAGAUGAGCUCCCUCGGAGCGGCUACAGCGGCCCAAGGCCGCGGAAUCAGGACUGUUGAAAAGCCCGCUGAAGAUUAUCAGGUUGUUUUGCCACAUCUGCCCACAGGUGAAUCAGUUUUGAAUACCGUUUUUUUGCACGGUUGCCUAAAGGCACGGCCUUAUCGUGUAGAACAUUUCCGAGACGCCCUUGACAAGAUGUCGCUCCUGCCCGAGGUGGUUGCCCUAGGGGCCUACCAGAUGAAUCACCUGUGGGCAGUAACGUUUAAAGAUGAGGAAGGGAAAAAGAAGAUGCUUGCAACAGAAGCCAUUGCUGUCAAGGAUGAGCGCUGCAUGGUCAUUGACCCUUGUGACCGAGGCGUUCGACUGAAGCUUUACUGGUUACUGCAUGGUGUGCCCGACGACGACGUGCGAACGGCAUUGGCACCCUUCGGAAAGGUGACAGAAAUUUCACGAGACAAAUGGAAGGUGAAAGGCUGCAUGGAUAAAGGGUCAACCACACGCUCAGUAACCUUGAAACUGAAAGUGGGCGUUACCAUUGAUGAUUUGCCUCAUCAGCUGCGAGUCGCUGAAGAUGUCGCACUCGUUCACGUCCCAGGCAGAGCCCCGCUCUGCCUCCGAUGCCGCGGCAUCGGUCACAUACGUCGCGAGUGCCGUGUUCCACGUUGCGGGCUCUGUCGUCGCUACGGCCACGACGAGACCCAGUGCGUGCGCUCCUAUGCAAGCGUAGCAGGCCCGGCCCGGGGAGACGCAUUGUCCGAGCACAUGAUGGAUGCGGCUGAUUCAGAAGAAGCCACGCGAGGACACAGCGAAGAAAGAAAAAUGACGGCACUGGUAGGUUUGCACACUCCGUGCGAAGACGUUAAUAAAUCUGAGCCGAAGAAAGUCCCCGAACCCGACGCUACGGCUGAGAAGCCAGUAACAUCACAGAAUGAGGAAAAGCACGUCGACAACCCCCCAGAAGUCUCAUCGCCCGACGGGGAAGAGAACUCGAAAAUCACCGAUGUUGACAUGGCAGCAGCCAGCGGACCUGGAAAGAGGACUCGAGAAGAGAGCGAGGAAUCUUCGACUUGUGCGCCCGGGGGCAGUGGGGAACCUCCCACAAAGACUGCAGCCUCCCGACGACAGUCUUUGAAACCUGCGCCCAAUCUGAACGUUGCCCGACGGACUACUUCAAUACCGCCGGCUACAUAGCGGCGGGCCCUUCCCACCUCCCC